CUUUUGAGUACACGCACUGUGUAGUAAAAGUGUAUAAAUAUUGGUUAAGUAUAUGUGCCUUGAUUUCGGUUAAACAAAAUGCCUCGUCGAGUACUUGAAAACUACGGAUUUGAACCAGCCAAGCAGUCAUGUUUGCGCAAGUCAAAAUUGGAUCCCAAAGGUAAAUGUGGCGUUGCCAUCAAGCAACAACCAAGGGAGCAACCUGUUGCAAAGAAGAAUCCAUUGAAGUUCCUCGAGCAGAAAACCGAUGCGGAACUCGUCGUGCAUUGGACUCGUGAUGGCGGCUGUACCCCUUCACCCAUUAAAUUGUUGCCUCCUUGGUAGUAGUGUGUAAUGUCCCCAAAUUUACAAUUAUCCAGGAACUCUUAUAAUUCGAUAAUUUACCAAUAAGAAAAAGAAUUGCAAGCAAGACAAAAAUUCUAAAAAGCAA